AUGGCCAGCAACGACGUCAACAAUGGAGCAGACGUGCAUCUAAUGGCACACGACGCCAGUUCUUGCAGACACCCAUACUCAAUCUUGGCGAUGAUCGGUCCCGUCGCCAACUGCCACGCUCUGAAAUAA